AUGGAUUUGACAGAGUGCCGAAUUCCAGGUCGAGGAGGCAACUUCAUUGUAAUUCAUCUGAACAUCAUCAGAACUACGCUCAAAAAGAUUUCGAACAAGAAAAUGAUGCAAGUGACAAUUGGGCAUUAUGGAGUGAUGAAUCGGAAGACGAGAAUGACAGAGGUUUAUCAGAUACUGUAUGUUUCAUCGCGUCAAUCCGAGCGUGAAUUAGUCUCACAGACUAUGCAAUCAGCGAUUGGUCACAUGCUGAACUACAUUCGAGAUUAUCAUCUUGAUAUUCGUACCGGUUCACUGGAGAGUUGUAAGAGCACCAAAGUGACUACUGCUGCCUAG